AUCCACUUCUUCCGUCGGUCAUUUUGGGUAAAAGUUGGCUUUAAUGAAUAAUGUUGCUAUGACAGCACUUCAUGCAAAUGAUAGCCAACCGGGGAUGUCAAAUGAGGAACCGAAAUGAGAAGCAAAUCGUCUGGGGAACAAAAUCACGUAAGACUGGAAGAACGAUCGGGGUGUAAAAUGCAUCUGACAUUUAGUACAAGAGGCACUUGUUCCCUUUUGUCUUCAACUGGAUUUGAACUCGAACGGUGAGCUCGAAGGCUAGGUCGCUGGAUUUGUAAGUGUCAACGCAUAGACCAAUACGAAGAUGGAGGAAUGGACACGGAGCAUUGGCACUCUGAGUGACCACGUCCUGGCCAGCCUGUCCAAGAUGUUGGACAACUCCACCUGCGGAUGGAGGCAGCUGGCUGAUGCGAUGUCUGAGCACCCGAAAUUCCGCUGCAGUGAAAGGGAGCUAACCAGCUGCUCAGUCCAGGUGCUGAGGGCAGUAGGCAGCCCAGGACGCACCCUCCUUGCUCGGUUAGCUGAUCGCUCCUGCUCCCUGGACUUUCUGCUCCACUGCCUAAAGAAGAUUGACCACCGGGAAGCAGUGCAGUACCUCACCACCACAGUCGCAGAGAUGAUUUGGAUCACAACGCAGCCACAGUCUCAGCAGGUGGCAGUGGGGGAGAGGGUCAUAUUGACCUGCAGAGCCACUGGCCCCCCUGCACUCAGCUACCAGUGGUUCAGAGGCAAAGAAGAGAUUUUGGAUGAGACAGGGAGUACACCAGAACUGCUUCUGUGUCCUUUGUCUUCGGUGCACCAGGGCCACUACAUCUGUAGGGUCAGCCAUGGAGAAAACUACAUCUUCUCCCAGUGGGCUCGCGUUCAUGUAGUCCACUCUCCAAGUUCUAGUCCAGGCCCCAGUUCUGCCACUGAAGUUGAUCAUGGCCUAGGUCACAGGUCAACCCACACAUUAGGAUUAGGUUUGCAAGAAGAGAAGGUCAGUCAGUCACCGCCAGCCAGGUUUUUCUUCGCAACAGACAAAGUUGCUCUUUUGAUUGGCAACAUGAGCUACGCCUACCACACUCAGCUUUGUGCUCCCAUUGCUGAUGUCCACGAGUUGACCAACCUUCUCAGACAAAUGGACUUCAAGGUGGUUUCCCUGCUCGACCUCAAUUGGCAGGAAAUGCACAGCGCUGUUACUGAGUUCCUAAUGCUGCUCGACAAGGGAGUUUAUGGCUUACUAUACUUUGCUGGUCAUGGUUAUGAGAACUAUGGCAACAGUUUCAUGGUUCCUAUCGAUGCACCAGCCUCCUACACAUCAGAGCACUGUUUGUGUGUACAGAAUAUACUUACCAGGAUGCAGGAGAAAGAGACUGGACUCAACGUGUUCCUGCUUGACAUGUGUCGCAAAAGAAACCCAAAUGAUGAUGUCAUUGUACAAACAGGACUGCUGAAGGUGACAGCAAAUAUAGUGUUUGGCUAUGCCACAUGUGCUGAUGCAGAAGCAUAUGAGGUGAAAAAGGAAGACGUGUCAAACGGCAUCUUCAUAAGCUUCCUCAAAAGGCGAGUGUGUGAAGAUGAGAAGGUCACCCAAAUGCUAGACAAAGUGGCUGAAGAUAUGGGUCGUUGUGAAAUCACGCAAGGGAGGCAAGCUCUGGAGCUACGCAGUAAUCUGUCUGAACGACGUUCCCUCACCGACCAAGUACAGACCACCAAGUGUUCUGCAUCCUAUUCAGCUCGCAACCUGCAGUGGGCCAUUGCUCAUGUCCUACCUAAGAGCCAAUGCCUGCAGUUUGACUGCGGGGUGACAGUUCAGCUUGGCUUUGCUGCAGAGUUCUCCAAUGUCAUGGUCAUCUACACUCGGAUACUUUACAAGCCCAAAGAAAUAGUUUCCUGCUCGGCUCAGCUUACUGACUUCCCUGAGGAUGUGGACAUUGAUCUGAAGAAGAGUAACCAGGAGACUCUGCUUGAAGCAGGCAGUUUAUUAUUGAUUGAGGAAAGUCUGCCUUCAACAAAGGUCCCCAGUCUUUACACACGUAUCAGCAGCCUCCAGAGACUGAGGAGGGAGCUCACAUUCACCGUCUGUCUUCAUUACACCUAUUCCAACAUGGAUGAUGAAGUAGAAGAAAGGCAACCAGUAACAGUUGGAAAACCACUGGUCUCUAAACUCAACUUCUAUGAACCACGAACUCCUCAAGACUUCUCCUUCAGCCUCAACUCCUUCAAUGUGCCCGAGUGUUCCUCCAAUGCCGAGAGCUUCACUCCUGUUGGUUCAGCCUCUAAUAAAUGGUCAUGUUAUUCACAGACUGGCAGAGAUUCUUCCACCGCUGACUCUUGGACUUCAUCUAAGACUGCCAAUAUACCGGAGGAGAAUGACAGUCCUGAAUUAUUUGAUAGCCCUCAACCUCUUGUUGCCAGCAAGAGCUUGCCCCACAGCCAAGUAAAUGACACAAACUACAAAUUUAGUGACGUGUACAAUUUUCAGACUCAGUAGGCAUUAUGAAACCUGAUUCACAUAAAUCAUGAGUAGGCGUAAACAUAAAAUGCCAAACGUUGGUGAAAAAGCCUGUGAAUUUUCCAUUUCAGUAACACUGACCUAGCCAUAACCUUUGUCUUAAAUAUGCAUAGUUUUUGUAAUGUUUUGUAAGCAUUUUUAUAAUACACAACUACAUUAUGCCUUACAAAAGUAAUUACACUCUGGAUCAAGUCUGACGUGUUCUAAAAGGGAAGAAAAUAUAGAAGAUCUUUGAAUAUGAACUGAUUUUUGUAAUUUUUAUGACAUCUCACGCACAUUCACAUGAAGGUAAAAAGUACUUCAUCCUCAUUACUGAGUGUACACGUCUUGUUUUUCCUGCUAAAUUUGUCACAAAUUUCAUACAAACUGAGCCUAAAUGACGGCAGUUUUUCCCUGUGCCUCUCUGCACUAUAACGCUAGUAGGGAUGGGCGAUACCAGCAUUUCUCCUUUCUAUACGAUAUCAUUAGCUUAUGGUACUUUUUGCACUUUAAAGGAAAAUUACUUCCAUUAAUAACAUUCUAGAAACAAAACUGUUUGUCAGUAUUUUCCGAUACAGUGCAAGCAUGUGAGCCUUUACAUUUGUCAACUAAAUGGUGGUGAACAUGGCUUCGUCCAAGAUUCACAUAGCUCAGUUGCAGUUUGGGGUAGUUUAAUAAAAUAAUGGUUCGUUCAAUUUUUAAAUCACUUAUAACACAUUCACUGUCACCGGAUAUUCUUUGCCUUUCAUGAAACUCUCCUGCAAUGUCUUCUGACGGACAACAAAUGGUGCAGGGAACUUUUGAGGCUUGCUGGUGGUCUUCAUGGCGAUGUUCAGCCUCUUUAAAAGUGUCAGGGUGUGUUGUCUUCAAAUGCUUUAUAAGUCAACCUGCGGAUGAUACAACUUUAUUUCUUAAAAAUGCAACUCAGAUAACAAAAGCUCUCAACGUCAUUUCUUCAUUC